CUUGUGCAAUUUUUUUAAACCUUGUUGGAAGGUUAUUACAUAGAGCAGGUAACUGUUGCGAGAACUAAGCAGUUUGUACUGCUCCCAACCCUUGUAAACUAAGGUUUUUACUAAGCUAUAAUGGCUCCUCUGCCGCUGUUGUCCGGCAAACCAUCACUCGAGCUAUUAUAUGAUCCCGUUGCAACGCACGGGCACUGACCUAGUUUUAAGUUAAGCCCCCUUCUCUCUCACCUCGAUGCGGCUUGCCAACCGCCGAUCUGCCCGGCCAAGGAUUGUUGAGCUCGCCGCGGGCUAGGUUUCCUUCCGUCCACCAUGACGGGGCCAGGCUCAGCUCCGACCCAAACACCCCCUCCAGAACCCAAGCAUAACGCCCGCCGCCCCGUCCUCCUCCUGGGGCCGCCACUCCUAGCCGUCGCCGUUGCCCUCCUCUUGGGCGUAUCCAACAACCCGUUGCCCCGCCGCUUCAUCCGCCUUCUCUUUGGAACAAGGCCCUCCAUUCUCCGCUCCUCGCCACCUCCUGACGCAGCUUACGAAGCAACCGGCGCGGUACGCACACCAUGUGUUCUAUGGAUGGCCCCAUUCGCCUCCGGCGGCGGGUACUGCUCCGAGGCAUGGUCCUACGUCUCCGCGCUUGACGCGCACGCCGCCGCCGCUGGCGCUGGGAAAAAUAAUUUCUCGCUCGCAAUAGCGCACCACGGCGAUCUCGACUCGCCGGAGUUCUGGCUCGGCCUCCCCGAGCGAUCUAAGCACCUGGCGUACAGACUCGCCUCUGCGCGUUGCGAGCUCUCCAGUGCCGUGGUCGUCUGCCACAGCGAGCCUGGUGCGUGGUACCCGCCGAUGUACGAGGCCCUGCCGUGCCCUCCCACCGGGUACGACGAUCCUGUGUUCGUCAUUGGCCGGACGAUGUUCGAGACCGACCGCGUCUCGCCCGAGCAUGUCAAGAGGUGCAACCAGAUGGAUGCUGUAUGGGUGCCUACCGAUUUCCAUGUGUCAACCUUUGUGAAGAGCGGUGUGGAUCGUACCAAAGUUGUCAAGGUGGUGCAGGCUGUGGAUGCCAAUUUCUUUGAUCCUGCCAAGCAUGUGGCUCUUCCUUUGCCGAUUGGUGUGUCCGUCAUGGAGCCUGAAGGUUCGAGAUUUGAAAAUGGUGACUCCAAACGCAGGGACUUUGUGUUUCUUAGUGUGUUCAAAUGGGAACAUAGGAAGGGCUGGGAUGUGCUGCUGAGAGCAUUCUUGCAGGAGUUCUCUGGAGCUGAUGACGUCGUACUCUAUCUUCUAAUCAAUGCCUACCACUCUGACACAAACUUCAGUGGGAAAAUCAGCAGGUUUGUUGUAGAAUCCAGAAUUGAGAUGCCCAUGGAAGGAUGGGGUGAGAUCCGGGUCAUCAAUGAGCAUGUCCCUCAGUCUGUUCUUCCAAGUCUGUACAAAGCUGCAAAUGCAUUUGUGCUGCCAACCCGUGGUGAGGGCUGGGGCAGACCGGUGGUUGAAGCAAUGGCCAUGGAACUGCCUGUGAUUGUGACUAAUUGGUCAGGUCCAACAGAGUACCUGACUGAGGAGAAUGGGUAUCCAUUGGAUGUAGACAGGCUGACUGAGGUGACGGAAGGGCCAUUCAAGGGCCACCUAUGUGCUGAGCCAUCAGUUGCUCGGCUGAGGGAUUUAAUGAGACAUGUCGUUGAUGAUAGAGAUGAGGCAAGGAAUAAGGGGAAGAAGGCAAGGGAGGACAUGAUAAAGAGGUUCUCUCCAGAAGUUGUUGCCAGGAUUGUUGCUGAAAAGAUACAACAAGUGCUUAUCCACACUCAGUUGACAAAUGAGUAGAUACAAUGUGAAACUAGAAAGUUCAUGCACCAUGGAAUUCCACAUAUAUUAAGAUCUCAAAAAAUCUUUUAUUGAGUUUAGUUGAGCAGCCUAUCUGCAUUUACAUCAGACGUCCACAAGCGCGAAGUUGGUCUUGUUGAGCUUUUCCCUAGGAGAGGCGUCAGUACUGCAGAGCUAGAUGAUGCCAUGGGAUCUUGUUGUUAGUGAGUUUGAUGACAACUUGCUCUUGGUCAGAAUGUCGGCUAAUAGACGGAGGAGGUGGCUCUGAUUACCUUGAAAGAAGACACCCGGAUAUUAAAUUGCUUACCUUGACCUCUAGGGUUGGUGAGGCUAUAUAUUUAUACAGGCAGGAGACACCUAUUACAAGAGGAAUCUUACUUGGUUACGAUAUCUUAAUCAACUCUAAAUGAUCUAGACUCAUACAGUCCUGUUCUGUUUUAUCUCUAACCUUUUCGAACAACGCAGGAGAGCUGCGUGUCAUUUCAUUAAGAAAGAAAGUAUAAACAUCACUGAGAGGCAAAAGGAGCCCCUCAGGGUAAUAACCCAACACAGAAAAAAGGGGGGAUUACAAACUAAAGGCAUGAAAAAGCGCACCACCCUGGCAGAUCAGGACUAAGGCUAGGACUCUGCAGAGGCCUGUUGGAGGAGGCCUUGGAGUCCACUAUCCUCAACCAAACACCACAUCUGCCCCUCAAUACUAAUAGAUUAGAUGACAGCUUGCCUUGCUGGUCGAAUUCCUUGGAAUAUACCAGCGUUUCUAUGUUUCUAGAGCUCCCAACAACCAAAAUAAAUAGGGUGUUAAAACCCUUAUGAAGACUCUUUGGGAGCCCCCUAUCAACCCUUUUCCACCAAGGAACGAUCCUACCAGAAGAGUCUGGGGGGUUUAUAGUUGUAAGAUGAAGCUUCUGAAGCACCCAGGUCCAGACUUCCCUUGCCAGCACACAUGUAUGUGGUGUAUAGUUUCUUCAGCUUGGUCACAAAAGGGACAUGCAAGUUGGUGAGGUAAUCCUCUCUUGGCUAACCUGUCAGAGGUCCAGCAGUGGUUGUUAGUGGCUAGCCACAUGAAGAACUUGUAAUUGGAUGGUGCCCAGCUCUGCCAAACUAGCUUCCGAGGGGAAAACUUAAUAGUUCCAACAAACAUAGCAUCCUAGGUCGACUUGCUGCUAUAAGUUCCUGAAGAAGAGAGCUUCCAGAGGUGUUGAUCAGGGACGUCCGACUGCAGAAUCGAAUUAUCAACCAUGUCUCAUAUGACUAAAUGUUCCAGCAAAACUUGUAUUGUUAGUGCCCCUUUUAUAUUUGCCACCUAACUUCUAUUUUCCCAUGCCUGACUCAAUGUACGCCUUUUCACGGAGUCGGUUUCUAAUAUAGCACGAGAGGAUCCUGGACAACUAAGGUGGUAGCAUAUGCAUAGCAUAUUUUAACAAGUUAACAAUUCAGAAUUUUUGUGAUUAGCCUUUUAAUAUUUUUUGUUUGCAAUGGCUUCUUUUUCUUCUUUAUUUUUGGAUGAUAAGGAAUUCCUAUUUAAACUAUGAAGUUUUCUAUGCGUAUAGUUACUGUAGUUUCAUCCGAAGGGUAGUUACUGUAGUUUCAUCCGAAGGGCUCAAUCGAAUUGAAGCAGUUAUUUUGCUUUCUAUAUGUUGCAUUGCAUCUUACCCCCUGCAGGUCGUGUUUUUUUUUAUAUUUUGCAUUGCAAUGUUUCUUUUUCUUUGUUAUUGUCACAAUUUCAUAGUUGUGGUCCAGUACACAUUUUUACGUUAGUUAAUUUGCUAAUAUAUGAAGGAACGAUUAAAUUCUUUACUAGGUCAACACCAAGUUCUAUACACAGAACAUUUGGAGCUUUUGGUUGGUGUACAUUGGCUAGAUUCACUUUGUGUAUUGCACCAAGUAUUACUAAUAUGUCUGUUACUAUGACUAGUGAUACAUUUAUUUUACUGUUCUUUGGGUACCAUAUAACUGUUGGAAUGAGUCUCGUGGUCUGUGGGAAGGACAACAACAGUAACAUCUUAGUCUUUUUGACUGCAGGACAUAAGUCUUGCUGCGUUGUGGAGGACUGCAGGUGUGGAGGAUAGCAGCUAGGACAUCAACACCUUGUGCUGUAGUUUUUGACUGCACUAUAGCAUCUAGAGGACAACAUUGUGCUUUAGUAUGUAGUAUGACAUUUGAGUAGUGUGUGAGAAAUAAACGAAAAAUUGUCCCAACUCGUAGUAUCAUCCUCUCGAUGAGAGUAGGAGUCUUGUUGCUUACAACAACAAUGUUGAUUCUUGUUAGAGUACCCAUCAAGGUUUUGGGGUUAGCCCCUUGUAACUACCGUCA